AUGCUGCAACGAACAAUUCUUAGACAGCGCCGUGCUGUAUUCUCAUCAAUAAACAGAGCUUCAGUUCCGUCAUCACCGUUGAGACAAACCUCGCCUUUCCAACAGUUCGCCUUGAAACAAUCCUCCUUCAGAUUCACACCUCGCUCCUACUCUACAGAAAACGGAACCAAAGCAGAAGAUGCUAAGAAAGAGAGCGGCGAAGGUGCUGAGAAAGCAGCCGAGUCUCCUGAGGAUGCCAUCAAGAAGGAGCUUGAAGCUAAGAACAAGGAAGUUCUUGACUUGAAGGAUAAAUAUCUCCGCUCCGUCGCAGAUUUCCGCAAUCUUCAAGAACGAACUAAGCGUGACAUGGACAACGCGCGAUCUUUCGCUAUCCAAAAAUUCGCAGUCGACCUUCUCGAAUCCAUUGACAACUUCGACCGCGCACUCUCCGUCGUUCCUGCCGACAAGCUUACCGAUGGCGCUGAGGCCAACAAGGAUCUCCUUGAGCUUCACCAAGGAUUGAAGAUGACCGAAAACAUUCUCUUGAACACUCUCAAGAAGCACGGACUCGAGCGCUUCGACCCCUCGGACUGUGCCGACGGAAAGACUGCGAAAUUCGACCCUAAGCUUCAUGAAGCAACCUUCAUGGCCAAGGCAGAGGGCAAGGAGAACGGUGACAUUAUGUUUGUUCAGAGCAAGGGUUAUAGCUUAAACGGUCGUGUUUUGCGGGCCGCCAAGGUCGGUGUCGUCAAGAACGAUUAA